AUGCACAAACUACCUUCAACUAGCAUUCUAGAAAGCGUACCAACGACCGAAGACGACCAUAUCCAGGGAACCAAGGACGUCGCUGCUCUCGCACUCCCACCGUACAGCCCCAUCCGUCCCGGCCACGCCGAUGACCGGCCCCCCUCCUACGAAGCAACCUGUGCUCUCUACCACGCCUGCCUGGCCGACCGACUCCCCACCGCGCGAGACGUGAAUGUGGACUUUGGAUUCAGCCAGCUGAGCUCGAAGGCGGAUAAGCGGUGUCUGCUCGGGCUGUACCAAUGCCUGAUUGACCGGUAUCAGCUGAGUCGAGAGAAGAUACACGAGAUGCUAGCUAACAGGUCUUUGGCCUCGCGGAUAUUGACGGUCUUCUAUGAACUGCCCGAUGAAUCUAAAGAGGUGGAUUGGCCGCGGGGGCUGAAUCAGCAGUAUCUGAUUGAAAGGCUUGAAUCGGAGGGGCAGCGAAUGGAUGAGCCGGGGGAGACUGUGGACGAGGAGGCUGAGCAGAAUGUCUCGACUGGGAGGCGGAUCUGGGUGGUUCUAUGUGCUGGCAAAGAUCGGCUGUAUUCGCUGUACCGGUUUCUUAUUCUAUGCUAUACUGUGUACUAUGAUAUGCGGAGGGCUCUGGAUUUUGUAAUAUUGUUUCUUCCCAAGUAA